AUGCCUCAAACAAGAUCUGCCACUCGGAAGCAGCGAGAGAGAGAGAUGAAUAGCCUUAAGACGGAUGGCAACGGUCAAGCGGGCGGUUCUUCUGCUUUGGAGGGAAGUCUCCCGUGUAGCCAGGAGGCCGGUCAUUUAUCUGCCAUAAGUAUCGGCGGCCCAGACAUAGCAGCCUUUGGCUCUUUGGAAGAGUUUCUCAAUCAGACGCCAUACCAUCAACAGCAGACGCAACAGGAGCAGCAAGAACAACAGCAGCAACUAGUUGUAUAUGACCCCUUGAACCAGCCAUAUCUCCCAUGGGAUUGCCCGGGCUCCGACCAGCAAUUAUAUCCAUUUCCCAUAUCAGCAAUGGCGGAGAAUCAGCACUACCUGUCCUCGUCCUACUUUGUCGAGCCGAAUUAUUUUGGCAACGAUUACACCCAGCAGCAGUACCACCAGCAACUUGAUGAAUAUCGGGCAAUGCAGUCGUGGGUAUCCCCAAGCCUUGACCAAGCUGCAAUCAUGGACGUACGAGGCAUCCAAGGCCAAGCCGGAGAGCUCUUGUACACCCAUGGCGACGGAUCUUAUGAGCCUCUGCCGUUCGAGUAUCCUGUGAUGCCAGAUCAUCUUGUUCAAGAUUCUCUUUUGGAUGCACGAUGGGCGGCCACAUACGAAGGCGAUCUUUUUGGACAUUCCCAGGCCCUUGAUGGCACCAAUCCGAAUGAUGCAGUAGCUCUCGAUGAGAACGCCGAAGCAAACUCUCAGCUGGCUUCUCCCGCACAGCCUCUCACGGCGAUUUCCCCCAACACCCAAGAACAACAGCAGCAACUCCCCGGCAAGAAGAGACCUGCUCGCUCUCAUCCUAAAAUCCCAUUUGUCCUGGCGGGCACCAAGGCCGAAGUAGAGAAAGCGAGGCGGCGAAGACUCGCCGGUAGACGCCGCAAGGGUCCCAAGCCUGUUGUGGAAGUCGAUUGGUUGCCGCAUGGCGCCGAUCGAGAGACCAAGGACAGGUUCCUCGUUGAAGCAAGAGGUCUUGAGGUUUCGUACAAAAUGAUCAAAAUACAUGGCCGCUUCAAGGAGGCAGAGUCGACCCUUCGUGGCCGCUUUCGAACCCUGACGAAAUCAAAGGAGGACCGAGUCCGAGAUCCUCAAUGGACACCAAUAGACAUCCAACUUUUGAAGGAAGCAGUCCAAGUGUACGCCGGCAGUCAGCACCCUGACAAGGCGGGAAUAUCAUGGAUGAUGGUGUCGCAGUACAUCAAGAACCAUGGCGGCACGUACUCCUUUGGAUACAAUACCUGCCAUCGGAGAUGGCUGUACCUCGAAAGCACUGGACAGCUCGGAGACAACGUGUUUGACCAGAGCUGGGAAACCUAUGACGAGGAUGAGAAAGAGGCUGUCGAUGAUGAGAUGGAGGGCGUCGAGGCUGAGGCCGAAGAUGAGCCCAAAGUCGAGGAUGACGACGAGGCCGACGAAGGCAACUAUGUGGAAGAGAAAUAA